GGAGCCUAUCGUUGAUCCGGAAGGACGAUGACUUAGGACGAGCUGACCCAUUGCACCACGGCUCGGCAAAUCCUAGCACUUCCUCAAGGGGAAAGUGCACGUCAUAAUUUGUGGCAGCGGAGAGCUCGCGUUCGCGCGGCCCUCCACCAAAUAAUACAAUCAGCAAUUUGUUGGUUGAAUAUGCACUUCUAUUGUAGCUGACGAUGAGGUCGGGCUGAUCAAACCCAGCGUGUGCCAAACAGGCCCUCAACGAGUGAGACGUCACGAUUGAUGAUAGAUCUACGCCACAUUCGCAAUUUAGCGACGAAGAACUUGGAGCUGUCGAUUAUAGAAAAGUACGUUCAGAUUCAAAGAGCAUAUCGACCGCAAAGCUUGGAAGGAAGAACAAGUUCUUGGACUUCCAUCAAACACUUGUGCACGUUCGACCUCAUCCAUGGCUUUCAAUUCAUCAUCUAUUCAUGCUUUGUAGAAUGA